GUUCGAAUCUGGUCGGUUCCUUUCCCCGCUUCGCUCUAAUAUGUUUUCGUACUGCAAUUAAAAUUUUCCCGUGGCGGCACAGUGGCGUUUUCCGUUGCCGGAAAUAUCCCAAGUGACAUGUGCAACGCGGCCACGUGAAACGCGCCGUCACGCCGAAAGUGAUCAAGUUUACGUGCGCAGGGAAAGAACGGGCUCUAUUUGCUUUAAAAGGUGGCUGCGUGAAACAAAACGCCCCGUUGUUCUCGUUAGUUGCCUAGCUGCCGGCGGAUCACCAUGAGGAACUAUGUGCCCGACAUAAUCAUUUGCUUUAUUGUAAUCGUUACGAUAACAAUCGUACGAUUAGUAUCACACAUUCUCCACGAAUCACUGCACGAUGGUCCAGAGGUGGCGGGGAUUCCGUUGGAAGGGGUCGAACCAGAACCCGAACUCACGCUCAGCCAGCUGAUCGAUCGAACUUCGCACCAGUACUCGUGGCUGUUGCGACUGUCGAUCAACCUGUUCGGCUAUCUGUGCAUCCUCCUCCCCGGCGUGUUGAUCUACAAGUACACCAAACGCAGCAAAUAUCUCGAGCGCUCGGAGCGAUCGCACCUUUCGUCGUUGGUGAAGUUUUGCUUCUCCGGUUCGGGCCCGGAUGAACGGUCCCUCGACGGUGGCAGUCAGGCAAGUUCCAAAGGAGCGUCGAGCAAACGCACGACGGCACAGGAAUGUGCGCUUCUGGCGUACUGUCUCGUCGGGCUGAUGGGAUCCUAUCUGACGUGGGGUGUGCUGCAGGAGAAAAUUAUGACCCAAGAGUACGAGGGGCCGGCGAAGGGCAAGUCGCACUUCAAGGACUCUCAAUUUCUGGUGUUUUCGAACCGUGUGCUCGGAUUUAUGAUUACCGCCAUUUACCUUGUGGCCAAACGGCAGUUCCGCCACCGUGCGCCACUCUACAAGUAUUCGUUCGCGUCGUUUUCGAAUAUCAUGAGCGCUUGGUUCCAGUACGAGGCGCUAAAGUUUGUCAACUUUCCCACACAAGUGCUGGCCAAGUCGUGCAAAAUUAUCCCGGUGAUGAUCAUGGGAAAGAUUAUCUCACGUAAUAAGUACGAGUUUUACGAGUAUCUUACCGCGGUUAUGAUCUCCGUGGGUAUGAUCUUCUUCCUGACCGGUUCAACCGACGAGUCCAAGACCACGGCGAUAACGACGAUCACCGGUGUGCUGCUGCUAACGUUCUACAUGAUCUUCGAUAGCUUCACGUCCAACUGGCAGGGCGAGCUGUUCAAGUCGUACUCGAUGUCCUCCAUUCAGAUGAUGUGUGGCGUGAAUCUCUUCAGUACACUGUUCACUGGCGCAUCCCUUGCGAUGCAGGGUGGCUUCUACAGUUCGCUCGUGUUCGCGGUCGAUCAUCCGAAGUUUGUCAUCGAUUGCAUUAUCCUGUCGAUCUCGUCCGCCAUCGGUCAGCUGUUCAUCUUCUACACGAUCGCCACCUUCGGGGCCGUCGUGUUUACCAUCAUCAUGACCCUCCGGCAGGCAAUCGCCAUCCUGCUCUCGUGUCUGAUCUACCAGCAUCGAAUCUCCUUCCUCGGUGUGAUCGGCGUACUGAUCGUGUUUCUGGCGAUCUUUCUGCGCGUUUACUGCAACCAGCGUCUGAAAGCGAUCAAGCAACGCCACCAAACCGCCCAGAGCAGUAACUUAGUGAAGCCGCGCAUCACCGUUUAGGUGCGCUGUUCGUAGACUUAAGCCAAGGCGACUUGCAUUCCGCAAUUGUAGCAAGUGACGCUCAGUUCGUAGGAAGUAGGAUUCGUAGUGGCGAACAUGCUUUUCGGCCGAUUUUACCGAUGGCAAUCGAUUUUAAGCUUACAAAGUGGGGCUGUUAACGCUUAGAUAUUUUAUUUAUGUACAGCGAUUGUUAAUGACGAUAGUUUUGAGUUAGAAUGUUGCAAUCAAUACAGUCCGUGGGCCCCGGUUGCACCCCAAAAGGCUUGCUGUAACCAAAAAUUGGCGAAAACUGUGACUAUGAAAACCGCCAAAGUUUGUAGGCAAAGGACAAUGUUCAAUAAAAGUAUACAGUACUGAGAAGAAUGAAGGAAUAGAAAUGAUUGUUUCAAACAAUGCUGCUUAAUUAACGAGUGUC